GAAUAUUACUAUUCAUAUGUAUAUGUAAAUUUUAAUUUACUAAAAAUCCAGAGCAAUCGCCAACCGUAAAAUAACAGCUCAAACGAAAUCUGCUCUAUAUAGAUUCAGUUUUACCAAAAGUACUUAUUUACUUUAUUAUUUAUAUAGAAAUUUUAUGUUCAGCAUUUUUGCUUACCUUAGAAUAAGUAUUCUUUUUUUUUUCUUUUUUAAAAUGUGUCUUUUCACACUGAUGAUGUUGAUAAACUAACUGACAUUCAGAGAUUCUAAGUGAAAGUAAGUUUUUUAUGCCACGUUAACCCGUCUUUUAUACUUUUCUUUUAAUUCAAUUAGGGAUCAACAUCAUUAGUGUUUCCAGAUAUUUUUAUUGACAUAUAAUUUAAUUGUGAUCAAAGUUUACAAUAUUUUCCUUAAAUACACAAUAAUAUGAGUAAUAAAAUGAUAGCAUAAUUUUUGUCACGUUAAUACUAUUAUUACAACACACUAAUUAUUAUUAAUAAGAAGUACUUAAUUUCUAUAUUUGUCACAAAAAACCCAUGCUGGUUUAAAAUAUAAAUUAUCGUAUCCAUUGAAACAGUGAAAACUUUUACAAAUUUUGUUAGUUUACAACAUAAUUUUGUCAUAUCUUUCAGUUGGCGUUUUGCAUUCGACGAUUCUUAUAUUCUCUCAUCCAUCUCAAAUACGCGAUAAUAUAUACACAGUUAAAUUCUAUUUAUCUUAAAAAUUAUUAUCAUAAUUCUUAAUUAAUCUAAACGGUACUAUUACAAAGUGAAGCACAGCAUUCCAUUAUGUCAAAAAUUUAUAAGAAAUCUGUUAUAAAACGUUUGAAUAUUUUAGAAACUAGAAAUAAAAAAUAUACUCGUAUCCCUCCUGAAAUCAUGAAACAAAAUCGCCUGAAAGCUAUUAAUAAGAUUUUGAAUCGUGGAAAUAAUUUAACAAAUAUAAAUAUGUCAAAACGUCAAAACAAUUAUAUAGUUGGUCUCAAUGCAUCAUUGUUAGAAAAUAUGACAGGUCAAAAUGAGCCGUCAGACUUGAAAAGGAAAAAUUAUGAGACAUCGGAGAUCAAAAUUAUUAAAAGAAGAAAAAUGUGUCACAGUCCUAUUCGUCAUGAUCAAAUGGUUGACAAUAUUGAAACAGUUAUUCAUAACGGCCAUCAUUAUAAUGUACAACAGGUUUAUGAUGCCAACACGAAUCCAUUCCUGCAACGAAUUAAAAGAGAGAUAUGUAUGGCUAGUGGCACUGUUAUAAUACAAAUUCCAUGAGAACAAAUAUCAGUUUCAUGUUAAUUAUUUGAAUAUUACGUGUAUAUUAUUUUAUUUUUUAUUUGUUAACAAUUUCAUAUACAUUUUGUUUACGUUAUCAACUUUUUUUUUGGCAACUUUUCGUAUUAUUGCAAAUAUUCUUUUUAAUUGUAUUAAAAUUCAUUUACUCAAUAAAAACUUAUUUUUCUUUUGAAUAUUGUUCACAUUAUUAGUCGAUAAAAAUACUUGGUGUAUAAAAAUACAUAAUUUAUUAAGGUUGAUAU